AUGCAGUACUCAUUGAGCUCAGGGCUUCUCACUAGCGCGUGCUCGCUUUCUGCUAUGUUUACUUUCAUUCUGAUGCCCAAUACUUUCAUCUUCAUCGCCCUUGAAUUCCUUGUCACGCAACUCUACGUGGGCUCUUUUGUUGCUAUGUUGAACGCCCGUGAAAGGAAACUCGGUAACACCUCAUACGCAGAAGAUACAUACACACAACCUUCAUGGAAACGACCCCUUCGCUCACACAGUACCUCCAGCUUCUGGAGCCCGAGACCGGGAUCGCCUCUUGAACUCGAAGUCCAGAUUCCUAAAUCACCAUCGUCUGCUACCUUUAAACCCGAGACUAUUGGGCAGGCUUUGUAA